CUGAAUUGUGAGUGGCUUACGACACUCAGUGAACAGAAGGUGUUUCUGCAUGCACUGCCAGAGCACUAGUCUGCUGCAAGGGAUCGGGCAUCUCUCUCCUCCCUACACCUCGCCUGCCUUCAACCUCAGCAUCUACAGCCUCCGCAGCUCACAGGAAAUGAGCUUCAUACAAAGAUGACAUUGCUGAAGAUUUGAGUCUUACUAGACAUACUUUCAUCAAUGAUCUUUGGAUAUCACUGCUAUACAAAUAAUUAAAGAGGACAGGAAAAAUAAAAAAAGAGCGCCAUAUGAUGCUGAUCGCACAGCUUUUGCAUGUGUGUAAUUGGGAAGAAACUAAACGAGCACUGACAGAAUGUCAACGAGGUUCACUCAAUGUACAUUGUGCAGGUCAGUGAUCACUUUAGGUUAUGGAUGGUGAUUUGCGACGACAGAUCGGGAGCCUUUGACGAGAAGGGAGAAAAAAGGGAGAGUGAGAGUUUGGAGAGGAUUAUUCCCUCCUUCGUGCGUGUCUCUCCCACAGACCGGCGCAGCAGUCAAUGCAGAGGAACGACGGAGAGAGGACAGCGCUCAUGCAUGCAGCCCGGGAAACUUGCACUUCCUACCAGCCUGCUGAAUGCCACUUGGAUUCGUUCUCUUUUUGGCUCUUUCACAUGAGGAGAACUAAGACAUUGUAAGUCUGCCAGGAUCUGGUGUCCGAUGAAAAGGAGGGGGGGGCUGAAUUUGUACCACACUGGGGUCUUUUUUAGUUUCGCACAUAAUUAGUGUCGGCACAAAGGGAUCAACUGAAUAGAGGUUGUCAGCCUCUGGAAAGGGAAAUACACAUCACCUGAAAAGACUUGGGGAGUUACAAAUCACAAAACCCAAAAUGACCAAGAUCUGAAAGAUUCAAUGGACUUUUUCUCUACGACACUGCAGGAUAUUCAUGCUAAUGGAUUUCCUCCUAAUUGGUCUAUACCUAAAGUGGCCGCUAAGGAAGCCCCCUGGGCUAAUACUGUGCUCCCUCGGAAUUGUUCUGAAAAUAGUUCCACUGGUGGGGGGGAGCUGUCCGAGGCCGUGCCGAUGCGACAACAAGCUGCUGUAUUGUGAAGGGUUGAACCUGACUGACAUCCCCCAAAACCUGAGCAGCGCCAUUGGUUUGUCCCUGCGCGAGAAUAACAUCUCUGAGCUGCGGGAGGGGAACUUUGUGGGCCUGUCGCAGCUUACCUGGCUAUUCUUGGACCAUAACAACAUUGAGAUUGUGGAAGAGAAUGCCUUCGAGAGGUUGCGAAGGGUUAAAGAGUUAGAUCUGAGCACCAACCGGAUAGAGAGCCUGCCCAACGGGACCUUCAGACCUCUGCCCAACCUACGAAUACUGGAUUUAUCCUAUAACAGACUUCAAUCCUUGGAGCCAGACCUUUUCCAUGGCCUUAGGAAGCUUACCAAUUUACAUUUGCGCUACAAUGCCCUUAAAUUCAUCCCUGUGCGGAUUUUCCAGGAUUGCAGGAGCAUGCAAUUCCUGGAUCUGGGUUACAACCAGCUGCAGAGCCUGGCACGUAAUUCAUUUGCCGGACUCUUCAAGCUCACUGAGCUGCAUCUGGAGCACAACGAGUUGGUGAAAGUCAAUCUGGCCCAUUUCCCCCGCCUCAUAUCCCUGCGGACCCUCUACAUGCGAAACAAUAAGGCCACCAUUGUGGUCAGCACCCUUGACUGGACCUGGGACCAUUUGGAGAAAAUUGACUUCUCCAACAAUGAGAUUGAGUACAUUGAGCCACAUGUGUUCGAGAGUGUCCCCAAGCUUAACACUCUUAUGCUGGACUCUAAUAAACUCACUUACAUAGAUCAGCGGAUUUUGGACUCAUGGACAUCCCUGACCAGCAUCACUCUGUCGGGAAAUGACUGGGAAUGCAGCAGGAAUGUCUGUGCCUUGGCUUCCUGGCUCAGCAACUUCCAGGGACAACGUGACAGUGGCCUGCUGUGCGCCAGCCCAGACAUCGCACAGGGUGAGGACAUUCUGGAUGCCGUCUAUGCUUUCCAGUUAUGCGAGGACAAUGUGGAAGUAACAACGCAGAUCUUCACAGCUACCAGAAACCAUGCCAGAGGCUUCAUAUAUGAUGGCCCGACGAGAAACCCUUACGACCUGCAGGAUGUGGAGGGCGGGGAAGUGGUGACCAACUCCUUAACAGUGACUGUGUCUGCUGAUGACCUGGAGAGCACCAUGCAGAUUCACAAGGUGGUGACAGGCACCAUGGCCCUUAUUUUCUCCUUCCUGAUCAUGGUCCUCAUGCUCUAUGUGUCCUGGAAAUGUUUCCCAGCAGGCAUCAGGCAGUUGAGGCAGUGCUUCACCAGCCAGCGUCGCAAGCAGAAGCAGAAGCAGACCAUGCAGCAGAUGGCUACUACGUCUGCAUCCGAGUACUACGUUGACUACAAACCCAACAAUAUUGAGGGGGCACUUGUCAUCAUCAACGAGUACGGCUCUUGCACAUGCCAGCAGCAGGCAUCUCGAGAGUGCGAGGUGUGAUAUUCACCCGUGCCAUUUUUAAAAAGUCAGUGGUUUCAAAGUAUGAAUGGAUGUGGAACACAUGUUAACUUGGCAACUCAUUUUGCUGCACUCAGGAGGAGGUUAACAUUUCUCAAGUGCAAAUGGACUAAAAACAGGGAUUUAGUGCUUGUUGCAACAUCCUCAAAAGCCUUGUGGGAGAAGCUGACUCUCACACCUGUGUACUUGAUGCAAAAUAUGUGGAAUAAUUAUGUUGACCUGUCCUGGCUGCUCGGAUAUUUGAGCUUUAAUGUGUCUUUCUACUUCAGGAUAUUCUAGGACUUUCUAAAGCUAUCAAAGACACCCAGAACAAAAUCCAGAACAACAUUUUUACUGUGGUCACAAAUAGACAAAAUUGGAGAUGAAAACAACAAAACAAAGAAACCCUUAAAAAAAGAUUAUAUGUAAAAUAUGUUAACAGCAGAAAUGCAAGAGUGGGGAUAAAAUGCAAGAUGUUAUCCUAUUUCUUUUGUAAUCUAUGGAGAGAAAAAAAAAAACAGAGGAAAACACAAAUGUUUAAAUAAAUGAAUUGCAAUUCACAGUACUCAUUAUUGCAGGUGAGUUGGAGAAUUGGCUUUCUUUUUUUUCUUUUUUUUUUUUUCUUGUCUGUGAUCGCGGGGAAAGAUGUUCAGAAAGCUCUGCAGUAUCGCAGGAUGUAAAUAAGCAGGGCAGUUGGGAGCGCUUCACUUCAUUUGAAAUGUUAAGCCUCAGUCUAAGAUUCAGAUCUCCUCGUCUCUCCCUGAGAUAUAAUCACUGUGCAAAGCUUGAUUGCUAUGGCUGUUUGCAGUUGCCCCUCUUGUACCUAUCCUGAAUAGAUUAAACAAACUAGCAAAAAACAAAACAGGCUGACGCGGUCUGAUGGGAUCUCACAUGAUAAAGUCAAACAUUUGUGUGCUGUGCAAAUAAACAAGACAAGGAGUGUCUAAGACCUUCAUUCCCUUCACUGCUUCGACAGACUUCACAGCCUUUAAAUCUCAAUGUACUUGAAAUGGGUGUGAUUAAUUAUCCAUUAUGUUUGGUUUUUAGUUUGUUUUGUUUUUUCCCACGAAAAAAGGCUAGCCAAAUUCUAGAUGUAUAUUUAAUUGUGGCUUUCUGUUUAAAUGUGACGUUUCUUUAAAAGAUGUCCUGUGGUAAGCUGUCGUUACUUUGUGAGAGAUCAUCCUGUCGGAUUGUUAGAUUGUGUGCAGUCCGCAUCAGUGGCUAUUGCGCUGGUGAAAGCACAGGACCUCUGAGAGAAGGUACAGGCUGCUCCCUAGUGUUCAUACCAGCAGUAGAGGAUGACGAGAUACCGCAGCAGCAACAAGCCCUUGAAUUUCUCUUGCCCAGGCUUUGUGUGUGUUCGUAUGUGUAUACGCCUGUUGCUUAUCUAUAUGCAGUCUCUUAGCUCAGCUCAGGAUUACUACCACAGCGUAAAGUAUCUGGACUAAACAACAAAGGCAGGAUGAUUAUAAAAAGGGAGAUUUCACUUUACAUCUACUCUGUUGUCACCUCACUCACUUGGCUGUUAUAAUGAUGGAUUUUUUUUUUUAGUACGCAUAGGGGACAUGCCACUGUGAAGAUGGUGUGUGUGUGUGUAUGAGAGACACAGAGAGAGAGAGAGAGAGAGAGAAAGAGAGAGAAAGAGAGAGAGUGAGAGAGAAUGUACUGUAUGUGUAUGCAUAAAAAUCUUAACUAUUUAAGUGGGUGUUUUUUUUUUUUUUUUUCAUCUUCUAAAAAGGUGGAAUUGAGUUUGUUGUGACCAGCUGCAUGUGUGAAGUAUUAAUUUGUCAUGUAUGACUGGGAUAUGCCUUAAAGGGACAAUGUAAGGCUAAACAAAUAUUUUUUACAAACAAAUCAAACAGUUUUAUUAUGAAUUCCACAGUCCCGCCCCCUUUGAAUCCUUUAAUACUUGAUAUGAAACUGUUCUAUUUUCAGCACUGUAUUUGAUGCGUAUAUGAAGCUAAGCCAAGCUAAACCAAUAAAAUGUAUUCCUACUGUUGUAAAUGAUCCGCAAUGUGACACGCUUUGCCCUUUUCUGAUUAAUCUAGUCAUGCUGUAUUUCAUUUUUUUUUUUUUUUUUUUCAUUUGUUUACUUUAUUUGUUUUCUGUCAGGUGAAGACGUUAAUGCAUUAUUCAGAUCAUCUGGUCUGACACUCCUUGGACUACAAUCUUUUCUAUCCCCUUUUCAUGAAUGAAUGAUACUGUUCAUGACAUAUUUUGAAGCAAAGCCGUAAAUAUGUACACUCCGAUGUGUAGUUGUUUUUUUAAUGAAUCCUCUGGAGAGCAUUAAAAAAAAAA